AUGCCUGGGGUUCCCUCGAACAAGGCAUGUGAAAGAUGCAAGAAGAGGCACCUCAAGUGUGAUGAGACUCGCCCUAACUGCCAGCGAUGCACUACGGCGGGCGUGGACUGCCCGGGUUAUGUCCAAACCCGCAAAUUCAUUGAUCAGGGGGCGACCGUGAGACGUCGCUAUGCUCCAUAUCAGGACACACAUCCCAAGCCCAGUGUCGCAGCCCACACGGGAAAGACAACACUGCACCAUGAGUCAGAAUCAAUCCAGAAUAGAAUCUCACAGCCAGGAUCCCAUGAACAGUGCAUUCAAAAUUUCUCUGGGGAAGAGAACGAUAGCUCAACUCUCCACAUGCAGAUGGAAGAGACGCGACUAGACGUUACAGACAACCCCGUGAUGUCAGCCUCGUCAGAUUCCUCGAGCCGACCAGCUAUCUCAACACUUUACAAUCAACCACCGGUAUCCAGUGUAUCAGACAUUCCAUCGACCACAGAGAUUAACCGUGAUUCUGGCCUCGACGAGGCCAGUGGUUCCACCAGAAGUACCAUCCAAAGCUCCGUGUCACCAAACGCCGCGGAGACCAUUCCAUCAUUUGAAAAUGCAUACGACGUCAUUCCAGAUAAUCGACGCGAAUACCGGUUCCCGGUAUCUUCAAAGAGUCUGUCUCAGGGAAGUGAAAAGGAAGAAAUCCAAGAUAUCUUUUCGCAACUCAUGACAGGAACCGAGCACGAGAUUGCUUUUCUCAUUCGACAUUUUUCUGAGGUUCUAGGGCCCUGGGGAAUGUUCACGAGUCCCGCGACGAUGGAGAUGUAUCCGAAUGCCACUCAAGUCGACUGGUUCCUGAAGGCUGCCAAUUACUACUAUUUGACCGCUUCUGAGCUGAACAAUGCCACCUCUGAUGGCUAUACGACAGUCUCCAGCUCGGCCGUUUUAGAGCCACCUAUUGAGACGGUUUCUCGGUGGUUGCGCUCGCAAUCAAUCCAGGCUGGUCUCAAGCCGACAAGCACCGACUCUGCUGAUAUCUCCCUCUUACGGAGAACUGAAGAGAUGGUGGUGACAGUGGCGUUAUUGACAUUUUACCGGCUCUUGGAUGCCAAUGGAGACGAAUGGCAUAUGCAUCUAUCCGGCAUCAGAUCCCUUUUUGAUUGUCUAUUACAAGCGCAUGUAGCGCCAUCUGCCGUUUUCGCGCAUGGAAUCCGCGCAGCAUUCUGGAACUUUGCUCGACAGGACUAUCUUGGUUGUUAUUUUACCCGUCUUCCCACCCGCCUCGACCCGGGAAAUCUCCCUCUCUGGCGCGCAGCUGGGAUAUCCAUCGACGAACAAGAGGAAUUCCAUAUCAUUGCAAACGGGCCAAUCUAUUCGCCCCAGGAAGACCAAGCAGCCAAUGGUCUGAUCUGGCUUGUUUCCAAAGUCAUCAACUUUCUUGCCAAAUCCAAACAGUCGCAGCUUGCGCAAUGGGCCGCUGGAUUGCCUUCACCAGAUAUGGGAGGGACAUCCGAUAACACCGGCCAACCCCGUACCCAAACCCGACCACUUGGCUCAAGCUUUGCGUCGAGUUUCAGGCCUGGUUUGACGCCGUCCCGGAAACCCUCCGGCCCAGCCAACCACCAACUACCAUUCCCCGAGGUCUUUCACGGAUUAACCACCUGCGCUGUCGCCAUGCAGCACUAUCAUUUUGGGCGGCUUGCGCUACUCCUGAACCGACCGCCGGACGUUGUUAACGCGUCAAGUACGGCCUUUGACCGCCUUCAGGGGUAUAGAGAGGUCACAAAGGAGGUCGAGUAUCGUAGCCGGGAGGUGUGUGGCAUUGCGUUGGGGCGACCACAGGGUGGCGUGCGCAUCUACAUGAUCCCACUGCUAUAUGCUGUUGGACAGUGUCUGGAGACCCCCGAUGAGCACCGAAUCAUAGUGGACCUUCUGCGAGGCAUUGAAGCAGACUUGGGCUGGGCGACUGAAUACGCAGUUCAGAAACUGCAGGCUGUUUGGCAUCGAUGA